AUGCAAGCUGUUUCGUCAGCCUCUCAGAACCAAGGAUCUCUAUCUCCUUCUCAUCCGCCGGCUACGAUACAUCUCUCCGUUCCCGCAGGCGGCCACCCCCCCACCCCCGCCCGGGGCCCGGUCAAACAGACGCCCGAUGCCUCAUACAGGUCUUCCUCAUCUUCGCUCUUCUCUUACUCGCGUGUUUUCUCUCUCUCCGCUCGGUCCGUCCUCCAGCCUAGCCGUCGUCUGCCGGGACUCCCUCUCUACGUCAUGCGCUUCUCGGUAUCUAUCCAACAUCUCUUCUCAUCUCUAUAUGUAGCUCUCACCCCGGCUGCAAACGUCUCCCUCUCCACGGCCCACAGAAACGCGCACCGAGUCUCCCCUUGGCGCGUUCUCAUGCUCCUAACGGCGAUCAGAUCGACACUGGUGCCCCCCGCGCCUAGUACACUUGUCGGGAUCUCCCCUCACCUCGCUCGAGCCAGCAAGUCCGGGUGCAUGCCCUUACUCUGCACAGCGAUCCGGUUCACGUCUCCGUUCCCGCUCCUACCUCCCUCCAAGGGCUUAGGGCGGAGUCAGAGGGAGAGGGUGGAGUCAGAUGGAGAGGGCGGAGUCAGAGGGAGAGGGUGGAGUCAGAUGGAGAGGGCGGAGUCAGAGGGAGAGGGUGGAGUCAGAGGGAUUAAUGUUGGUGCAACUCUGAACAAUGGCCAAAUUUGA